UGGAUUUUUUUUGGAUACUCAGCACAUGAGUCUACAUGAGUCUGGGUUUUAAGAUGUGUCCUGUAUGUUUUGCUGAAGUUAGACAAAACAUUGAAUGAGAAGUGGGAGUUCAGGUAUGCUGCAGACAUGCUCAGUAGUAUGUCACUAUUUGUGAGAGAAGUCCCUCAUUCCUUGAUGUUAUUGAUUAAAAGCUCAAGGAUUUCUAGUGGUGGGUACACUGAGUCCCGAAUCACCCAAAGGAGAACCCAUGAUUGAACCAGUGUAAAGGAAAGCAAGAAGAAAAUGUAUCAUUCUUUGGUUCCACCACCAACCUCGGACCAUGCCAAGGCUGCUCAACCAUGGUGUCUGUCUCUGCUGGAUUUAUGUGUCUCUUUUAUAUAGUUCUGCAGAACGUGGCUCUUCUAAUUCAACCCAGAAUCAACUUUCACAUGUGACUAUGUUUCAAGAAAAGAAGCACAAAAGCAGGGAUUCAUCAUUUCUUCAGCUGAGAGCCAGUAUACCAGCCUACUUGCAGCCAAUCAAGCUGUACACCCUGCCGACAAGCAAUGAAGACAGCCAAUACAUGCCUAAACCAAGACACCGCCGCCCUGCUCACCUCUUGCGUCUUCUGGGUUCCUCUUUUGACCUGUUUUGGAUGUCCAUAGAGGAGCCAUCUGACAUCUCUGGGGGUCAUGGUGAAGGUGAAUCUUUGUGGCAUGGUGACUCACUGCCUGCUAAAUUGUCCAGCAAAAGCAGUGCCAGAGUAAAGUUUAAUUUGAGUGCUUCAAUAGAGCUGAGAGAGGCAGCAGCAAACCACAGCCAGAAGCUGGAAAAGGAGGCUGCAGAUCUGGAUCUCAGCUCUCUGCCCUCACAUGUUGCCAGUCAUGUCAGAGACUGGUUAUUGCAAUCAGCCACUUGUGAAUUAAGCUACCAAUGGGUGGAUCUGGGUCCCGCUUUAUGGCCACGUUGGAUUCGACAGACAGAUUGUGUACAAUCAGACGGAGGGAGAAGUUGCUCCUUUCCUGGUGGGAUGGAGUGUGUGCAAGCUGAGACAACUCACGUACAGAUUCUGGCUUGGAACUGUUUGGGGAUCAGAGGAGGAGGUGAAAUGUCCAAAACAAUCAAAACUGAAAAGACUGACGGGAGCAUCAUGAUUGGGACUGGUGAAGUCAUGCAGCGGUGUUCAUGGAGACAGGUGCCCUAUCCUGUGGUCACAGCUUGUAAAUGCUCAUGCAAAUGAAUAUGUUUCUUGUAAUGGACAGAUUGUCAAUAUUUGCUGUGGGCCGAAUUUCUGUAUUGCAUUGCCAUUGAGUGCAUGUUGUUAAAUAAAGCGAAACUGUGUUGUCUAAUAUUCAAAUCCUUACAAUUGCAGUUUCAUUUUACCUAGUAAAACAUUUCAUCUAUUUUAAUGUUACUGGCUAGAAUUCAAUAAAUCACAUUUUCUCCUAA